AUGACCGCCAAAGUUCCUGCCUCAGAUACUUACCGCAAACUGCAUCGUGCGAUGACGCCUGCAGAGAAGCAUGCAAAACAGCAGCUCCUAGACGAUCAAGUCAGCUUCAUUAUCGUCAUGCGCGACAACAACAAACCAGACGUAUAUGGCCAGACAUCGACGACAUGUGGUCCUCUACCAUGGUCAGCGGUGGCCACCGCAUAUAACGAGAGGUACAACGUCUCCGUCACUCCAGCUGCCAUGGAGAAGCGUGCGCGUCAGCACCGAGACGAGUGGUUGGAAAACAACCCGACUUACCCCACUAAGAUUGAGUAUGCGAAGAAAGCCAGGACACCCCGAACUUCUGCCACAAGUGGGAUUGUCAAGACGGGAGCUCCACGCGCAAGAGGCAGCGUGGAGAACGGGGUCCGCCGCGCGAUGGCCACUGGUAUUACUGUUAGGCCUUGGAGAGGCGGUGAAGCAACUCAAGCCAGCUUCUACAACAACCGUAUUGGAGGUUGGCUGCCACCAUGUGGUAUCCGCGAGCAAGCUAAUAUCCAGGAGUAUAUGAAAUCCGCAUCGAUAAGCCACACCCGUGUUGCCAUCGAGAUCGUCGACGCACACGGAGUAUCGCUUGGAAGUGUCACCGCGGACCGCGAAGCUAUUCGAACCAGCUCUGCUGUUCUGCGUGGAUGCCUGGAUGAUAACACUGGGAUGAAGAUGCAGCUACGCGGACCUUCAGUAGACGCUGUCAGAUGGUAUAUACACUGUGUAUCUUUGGGAAUGAUGGUGGAUUUUUCAAAAUAUGGAAAUUGCGACAGCGCCUCUCUCGUGGAGCUGUACUGCCUCGCUACGCAGCUGGGAGACGACCAUGUUCGCGAAUUGGUGUUGCAUCAGUGGCAGUUGUUUGCGGAGCAAAAUGCAGAAAUGGAGCUAGAGAUUGACGACCUCAACCUGCUCUUUGAGAGUACUGAAGACGGCGACCCAGCGCGCGAUUGGUGGGUAGAAACUGUGUGCGCUUCGGGGCUGGCUGGACAGCUGCUCGAGAUGGCGCGUCACCCAGCACUGGCGACUCAGAUGCGGACUUUGCCGUCGAGCGAGAUCUGCUUGGACAUGGGCGGUGACUGA